AAGAAGUUGGCAACAUAUAUAAUAUAGUAAGCUUUUUUUGUGAACUCGUCGUAUGUAUUACUUGUUUGAUAUUAAAAGCCGGCUUGAUUUUUCUCAAAUUUUCUAAAAUAUAUUAUGUUGUCAACGAACAAUGACAAUUAUAUAUAAUAAUAUAAAAUUAUUUAAUUGCAUCGUUACAUGCAAUAUUCUAUUUAUUAGAAUUAAUUUGAAUAUAUUUUAAGGAAAAGACUUUAUUAAAGUCAAAUAUAAUAUUCAAUUCGUAAAGAAAAACUAACAAUAGUGUUUGAAACAACAGAUACAAUUUGGAACAUAAUUAUAUUUAUCUUCAAGAUAUAAUAUUUUGAAUUAAUAAGAUUAUAGAUUUUAUAUAAAAAUUAAAUAAUAUGUUGAACGUGACACGAUAUUGUUCCAAGUCCUUAACAAAUUCCACUUUAACAAAAUGUUUACCGCCUUGGAGAAAUUUAUUAACGAACAACAACACGACAAAAGUAAAUGUAUUCCAAAAUGUUUUUGCACCAAUGAAAAGAAGCUCGUUUUUAUUGUCAAAGGAGUCACUUAGACAAUCUGGUACAAUAGCUAUAAACUAUGCGUCAAAGGCAAAUAAAAAUUCAGAUAAAAUUGUUGGCUCUUGGUUACUUAUUUGCGGUGGAAUGGUUUUCGUAGCUGUUGCUUUAGGAGGUGUUACAAGACUUACUGAAUCAGGUUUAUCUAUGGUUACUUGGAAAUUACUUGGGGAAAAAAUGCCUAUUAACGAAGAACAAUGGCAUAUUGAAUUUGAACGUUAUAAACAAUUUCCUGAGUAUAAAAUAACUAAUAAAGAUAUGACAUUGGAUGAAUUUAAAAGAAUUUGGUGGAUGGAAUACUUCCAUAGAACAUGGGGUCGAUUAAUUGGUGGUGUAUUUUUAAUACCUGCAACAUACUUUUGGUUUUCUGGUAUGCUUAAAUCAGAAAUGAAAAUACGUGUUGCGGUACUAGGAUCAUUGAUCGGUUUACAAGGAUUAAUGGGAUGGUAUAUGGUUAAAUCUGGCUUGGAAGAUCGUUUUAAUGAACCUUCAGAUGUACCAAGAGUAUCACAGUAUCGUCUUGCUGCGCAUUUAGGAUUAGCAUUUAUAAUAUAUUCAGGAUUUUUAUAUAAUGCUCUGAGCUAUUUAGUACCUGCAAAAAAAAUAGGAAAUGGUAGUCUUAGUAUUGAAAAUUUCAAUGCAGCAGUGAAAAAAUUAACAUUCUUUAGAUAUUUAGUUCAUUCUACUAAAGGGAUGAUCUUUUUGACUGCUAUGUCCGGUGCAUUUGUAGCCGGUAUGGAUGCUGGACUUAUUUAUAAUACUUUUCCAAAAAUGGCAGACAAAUGGAUUCCUGAUGAUUUAUUUGCAAUACCUCAGACAUUAAGAAAUUUUACUGAAAAUCCAACCACUGCACAAUUUCAACAUCGAUAUCUGGGUAUAUUUUCUUUUGUAUUAGUAAAUAUUAUUGCUAUUUUGGCCCGAAAUCAUAAACUUCCUGGCUAUGGGAAAACAGCUGUGAAUACUGUAUUGGGUGCAGGCUAUUUACAAGUUUCUUUAGGUAUUUUAACUUUAUUAUAUCAUGUACCAGUGCCAUUAGCUGCAUCUCAUCAGUGUGGUAGUCUUAUUCUUUUAAGUAGUAUACUCUGGCUUUGUCACGAGUUAAAAUAUGUAAAAUAUGUAAAAAUGUUGAUGAAGUGAAAUUUUAAACAAUUUUUUGAUAUGCUCCGAUCUUAAAAAAAAAAAAAAAAGAUUGUAUGUAUAUAUUUUAUAUAGUUUAUAUUAUUCUUUUUUGAAGAAUAAAAAAAAUGUUAUUUGACACAAACCAUCAAUUUUAAUAACAUACAUCUUUAUUUUUAUCAAAUUUAUUUUUGAAAUAAGGAAGCAAAAUCGUUGCACUAGAGAAUUUUCACAACAUUAUGCUUUAUUUGACAAUGCAUUAUAUUAUAAUUAAUAUGUAUAGAAAUUAAUUUAUGUGAAUUUGUUAAAUAUCAUACCAAUAAUCAAGUAACAGUCUGAAUAAUUUAUAUUUUUCACUGUUGUACUUGUUUUUGGUUUUACAAUAUAAGAAAAAAAAAUAAUAAAUAUCUAUUCUUAGAUAAGAAUAAUAUUGGCGAAUCAUGUAAUAAUCAUAUUACAUUCACUUUUUUUGUUGAUUAAAAAUAAGUCAGUAUGGACAUAACUCUACUCAUACUCUUAAUAAGUAACAUUAUUCAUUUGAUUAGUUUAAAAAAUGUGUAAACGUUGCUUAACUCAUAACUACUAUCUAAUCACAAUGUUUUCCUUGCAAAUUCCAAAAAUUUUUUCUGUAUUUUAUAAGAUCUGAUUAGCAACAAAUAUUUAAUAUGUUAUUGGCAGUUAUCCUACAUUGUCUUCAAUCAGUCAUUCUUUGAUCUUUAAAGACAUCACACGCAUUGGUCCAGCGUAGCAAUGUUAAUAUUAAGCAACUGCUCUAUUAGGCAUUUGGAAUUGCACUUUUAUCAUUGUAAAGAUGUUUAUUUACAUAUUACAUUCUUGAAAUGUUACUUUUAUAGUUCAUCGCAUUUUGCUCAACAUUACAUAAUCAUGAGUAUUAAUAAACAGCACAUUAAUAUUAUUUGCAAAUAAUAUUGAAAAAAGAUAAAACCUAUAUUAAAAAUGUUAUGCCAAACGUGUUUAAGAAAUUACAAGAUUAAGUUAUUAAUAGGUCUUAGUCAAAUACAUUCAGCACUGUUAUUGUUAUUACAAAUGGUGUUCUCAUAUAUUUUCAAUAUUUUAUUCUUUUUGUAAUUUGUAAAUAAAUUAUAAUAACUUGAUACCAAUUGAGCAAUCGAAAUGCAGUCUCUGUCAAUACAUUAUAGAUAACCCAAUUUUGGCAUACCAAUACUAAUAUCAGUCUGAUAAAAUUUAUUAUCACGGAGAACUUUUUGCAACAAUUAGUUGCUGAUAACAAGUAUUUCAUAGUAAAGUGUUUUACAAAGUAAAUGCAACAUUACCUUUGCUUGCGUUUAUACUAUAACUCAAAAAUGUAAGAAACAUUUUAAAACUUAUCCCUUUACCAAAAAAAAAGAAAAAAAGAGAAAAAAAAAAUAAAAGAAAAAUUUAAACGCACUGCUAUAUUCACAUGUGAAAAAAUGAAUAAUGUUAUAGUAUAUAUUAAAGCAUAAUCAUAUAUACUAAACAGUGCGAAUUGCGUUUAAAGCUAACACUGAUAUUUAACACACUUUACACUCAUUUAUUGAAGCAAAAGUACUGUUCAACAUUUUGCUGUAUUAGUUUUGUGCUAAAGAAAUGCAUGAUUGUUCAAAUAUGUAAUAUUUCAUUUUGCAUAUGAAAUAGGUUUUAUACAUUUUUAUAUCCAGUAAAAUAUCAUUUUAAUAAAUAUAAUACAAUUGCAACUUGUAAAAUAAUAAUAAUUGAUGUAUAAAUAAAUUAGGCAUAAGAUUAAAUAUCUUAUUUCAAUAUUUAGCUUGAAUGUUGAUAAUUCGACAUGAAAUUUUUAUGAAUAUGAAAAAUAUAAUUUAUGGAACACAUUACAAGCUGCUUUCAUUGAAUUAAUAAAAUAUUAUGAAAUUCAAUGUUUAUUAUAUGAUAGUGAAUUUAAAAUAAGUUUGUAUUUUCUAAAAAAGUGAAACUCUGUGAAACUUAGCAUAUUUGUGAAGAAAUUUUAAUAAUUGUAUGAAAAUGAUGAAUCACUUUUUUGAAAAUUUAAUUUGAUCAUUAUUUUGUAUAAGAUAUUUUUAUAAAUAAUAUAAAUACAUGUUUACAAGUCAUUAUUCAAAUAUCUUCAUUAAUAGAAAGAGUCAGUGCACAACCAACAUUUCUUUGCAUUUUAUACACAUAUUAUUUCUCUAGAGGCUCAAUAAGCAACAGCUAUAUUAAAUGAUAAUAACUUGCUAGUUUUAAUUUGAAAGAUUUUCUCAUCUUAUGAUCUUUCUGUUAUUCUUGUUUUUAUUUGUAAAAUUUUUUUUGUUUUUUUUCAUUUGGAACAAAUAAAAAAAUAAUGAUCUGCAUUGAAAAGUAAAACAUUCUUCUUUCUCAGUUCAUUAUUGCACUUAUCUUCUAUUAUUAUACUGUUUUGAGUUUAAAAUAUUUCUCGUAGUAACCACACAUAUUAUUUUUAAAACAAAGCUUCUGCAUAUGAAGAUUUGUUACUUUCUUGUUUACAAAACAGAUCAUAAUAUCAUAAUAGAUAAAUAAAAUUUCCAUCAAUUGUAUUGAUAUAAAGUUAGUAAAUUGAAUUUUGUAUUUAAGAACUUUAUAAGUGCCUAAAAAACACAAUAAAAUUUCAAUUAUUUAUGUUAACAAUAACAGAUCAUAGUACUCAAUUACCUUCUUUACUGUUCUAUAAAAAAUAGCUUGCGAUACUUCAUGUUUUUUUAACCAUCCUGUAUAUUAUAAAUACAUGAGGAAUGUGCGAAUACUCCAAGAAUUUGGUAUUCUAGACAAUGGGGCUUAAUUAAUCAUUAUGUAGAUUAAUCUAUAUAUAUAAAAUUUUUACAUUAAUAUAUGUAAUCUAAAUGAUCUGAUUUCUUUUUUUUUUCCCUUUUUUAAUAUUUUAAAUAUAGCUCUUAAUCUUUUGUAUAUAAUGUGAGCUAUAUACAUGUGCGCACUUUUACGUUAAUAGUUAAUUUUUUAAUUAAAUCAUUAAUUGAUUAUGACCAAUGAAAUUACAUGUAUUUAAAUUUUCUUUUUAUUAAUGAGAUGGUUGAGUACUUUACUUUUAUUAACAUAAUCAACUUUCACUCUUUUUUGUUAAUAAUUUUAAUAUGAACUUGCCACGACUAGAUGUUAGGCAGUACUCGCACAUCCCUAAAUAACAUACAUAUUCUCGCACACACAUUGUCACACUGCAACCCAAUAUUGAUAAUUAGAAUGUAUGAAAUAAGCUAUGUAUCAUAGUUAUGUUAGUAAAGUUAAAAAAUUAAUUCACAUAUUAUGCCAUAUUUGCAAUAUUAUUACAAUUUAGGUAAUUUGUAAUUUGUUGUAUGACAUAUGGAACAAAACUUUUAAUUAAAUGAUGCCAAAGAUAUGACUAGCAACGCGUUUGCAAUUUUAUUUCAACCCCUUAUCCACAAGUGCAUAUUACAACAACAUAUAGAUGAAAUCAUGAAAGAACAUGAUACAAAUGACAAACAUUAUAAAUAAAUCUGCGCUAAAGAUGAAACUUCAGUUCCACAUGUCAUCUCUACAUGAUAUAGUCUUAUUUUCUUCUUCUGGUUAUAAAUUAUUUUUAAAGACCUUAUCUUAUUAUCUUAGUAGUACUUACAGGAAGGAAUCAUAGAUUUUAGGCCAUUUUUAGGCCAUAUCAAAUUAUAUGUUUUCCAAAGUAUGCAAAGUUAUGAUUUUCAUAAUUCUUUACAUUGCUGUAAAAUAUUUAGAUUUAUAGAUUUAAUGAAAUAUAUGGUGCUGUAAAAUCUUUGGAAAAUUAAAUGUACUUAAUAAUAUAUUCAUAAAAUUUACGAGAAUAUGCUACAUUCAUUUAACUAUAGAAGUAUGAAAAAAAAAAAAAAAAAAAAAAAAAAGAAGAAGAGUAAUUUAAAUAAAAACAAAAAGUUAGUUACUAUAUGAGGACGUCAGAAGAAAAUUAUUUGUAUUUAUGUAUGGCCUUGCAAUCAUUCUCUGUUAUUGUCCAUCAAGUUAUUCUUACUUUGUUCUGAUAAACUAUUAACAAUAUCGCUGUAAUUUCCAAUAUGAAUGAUAGAUUUUAUUUGUCUGAUUGUUAAUUACGUAAUAGGCUUCAACAAGAUAUUUAUAGUUUCUUACAUAAAUAUUUUUAUAUUUUUACAGCACCAGUACUAUCAUUGGUAACAAUAUAUAUGAUGAUAAUCAUUUCAAUGUCAAUUAGAUAGAAAUUUUAAUUGUAAUUAGUUUAAUUGUAAAACUUUGCAUAGUAUUAAUUUUGUAUUCGUAUAUUGAUGUUGAAGAUAUACCUCAGUCGAUUUUUACUGUACAUGUAAAUAGAUAACAUUGAGUAAAAUAAGCACAUUCUCAUACACAUACAAUUCUCUUUACUUUGCUAGACAUUAUAAUAUAUAUAUCAAAUUGUAAAUACAAUAAAGUAUAAUGACUAUACUUUAUAUAAUGUAAAAAUCAAAUAAUUUAUUCAAGUAUUAGCAUACUUGAUAAAUACUCACAACUCAAAUUGAUGUUAUUAUGUAAAACCAAUCUCAGUUAACACGUUAUAUUUAAUGAAUGCAAUAAAAAGUGCAAAAUAUUUGUUUUAAUAUGUGCAAGAAUGUGCUUAAUAUUGAUUAUUGGUUUAGUGGUGUGUUUGAUCACUUCAUACGCAUAUGUAAAUUCAACUGGUUUUAGCUGGACUAUCAUCUGUUUUUUCUGGAUUUACAAUUACUUGAAUUACAUAACCUGGCUGCA